CAGUCGCGUGUUGCCCGUAGUUGGUGUGUAAACGGAAACCGGCUAUAAAACCCGCCAAACGUUUUAACCAACAACAUCAGUGUUGCAGUGCAAGUUUCACCGUUCCGUCACCUUGUAGUCGAAAAGCGAGUGGAUAUUCCAGGAUGAAGGUGUACGCCACUGUUUUGCUUGCGAUCGUUGCGAGUUGCUGUGCCUUGGCCGGGGCGAAAACGUUCAGCAAGUGUGAUCUGGCCAAGGCGUUGGCGAAUAAUGGCAUUGCGAAAGCGUCGUUGCCGGAUUGGAUCUGUCUCGUACAGCACGAGAGUGCGUUCAGCACGUCGGCCACGAAUAAAAACAAAAAUGGAUCCAAAGAUUACGGCAUAUUCCAGAUAAACAAUAAGUUCUGGUGUGACUCGAGCUACGGCGCGAACGAUUGCAAAAUGGCGUGCAGCAAUCUGCUAAACGAUGAUAUUACGGACGACAUCAAGUGCGCCAAGAUGAUUUUCAAGCGCCAUGGAUUUAACGCUUGGUAUGGAUGGAAGGAUCACUGCAAGGGCAAAACGCUUCCCAGUGUUAGUGCGUGCUUCUAAAAGGCUGUCGAAGGCAAUUGCAAGUCGUAUUAGCAGUUCCGGUUGAGCAACCGGCGGAUAAGGCGGAGAAACUGGUUUGGAUUCGGGCGAUGUGGUUAGGAGGACAUUAAUUACAAUUCGCUGAAACAAAGCAUGUCGAUAGGAGUUUCCUCGAAAACAGAGAGAAACCAGUCUGAUAAGAUAAGAAUCCCUCCCCGAAUCCCGAAUAUCGAAAGAUAUAAACAUAUAAUGAAGCUAAAAUAGAAUUUCGAGAAUAGAAAGCUGUAUUUUCACAGCUGUUGCCAGUCCCGUGAGUAAUCUUUGCGCGUUGUUCUGAUAACAUUCCACGAAGAGAAAAAUAAAACGCAGACAAACUUGUACGCUAGAUAAAUGAAA